AUGGCUGGUUCUUCUCCUCCAUGUAGAUCACUGGAGAACCCAAAUCAGGUCAGCUUCAAUUCCAUGUAUUGUGCAACCAGUAAAGGUUCCAAAGCCCAAUUGUGCUUGCUCAGGAUUAUGCACAUAAUUUCCACUGUGCGGCCACCUCAAAUCACCCUGACGGAGCCACCACUUAUCAGUUCAGAAACCAAAGAAUUAUCUGUAGAGAGCAAUAUGAGAAAAGAAGAUAAUGGUUCCGAAUUUGACUUGAACGGCGACGUUUGCAUUUUGCCAGAGAUGGAUGAACCUUCCGAGUCUUUAGCCAGCGGCGCACGGCUGAGCCCAAGUAGCACAACCGUAGGAUUCGGUGGUCUGCCGCCCCUGAACGGUGACGGAGGUGGUGAUCAAUGCGAUCAACAAGGUGAAAAGACAUAUGAAAAUGACUUUGAUGAAGCCGAGAAAAAAAUUGAUCUACUCAUUGAAGCUGCGAAAUUGAUAUUGGGCGAGUUCAAAGACUACAAUAAAUUCGAGUCUGCAUACGAGUCCGAAAGACAAAGCUUUGAAUUAAAGAAUAAUAAGACGGGCAAGAAUGAGUUGAAUGAAAAGACGUUGAGGCGGCGAAGCCAGCCGUUGAUGGCGGCGGAAAUAGACGGAUAUGUUGAGGACAAGGGAUCACCAAUGUUGCGGCGCUCGAAGCGAGGGAGAAAUUAUGUUCUGCCAAAUCGGUACAGAGACUCGGUGCUCGAACCAUUGACUCGCUUGUCCAGACACCGGUCAUCAGUUGUCCCAACAAAACGUAGGGUGAAAUUUCAGAAAUUCAAGAUUCAGACCACUAAGGUGGACCCAAAUUGUCAUUCUAGUUUACUUUAA